UUUGAUAUGUCGCUCACGCUGGGCGUGACUUACUGGUCAGCAGUAUCGGGCUCGAUUUCUGGAGCUAUACUUUUGCUCUUGUGCUACAGGGCUUUCUUUCACCCUCUGGCUCGAUAUCCAGGUCCCCGACUUGCCUCGAUCACAGGUCUAUGGCGGCUCUGGCAUUAUGUCAUUGGAGACUGGUCCGAAAUAAUUCUCGAUCUUCAUGAAGAAUAUGGCAGGAUUGUUCGACUGGCGCCAAACGAGCUGUCAGUUGUGGACGAACCGGCUAUGAAAGCUCUCUAUGGCCAUAAUACAGCUGCUAUCAAGAGCAAAUGGUAUUCCGCAUUCCAAAGUCCUCAGGGAGCACCAAAUCAACUAGCCACUCGAAAUCCCGAAGUUCAUGCUGCUAUCCGCCGCAGAUUUGCUCCUGCCUUCAAGAUGACCGUUAUGCUGCGACAGGAAGGAUCUAUGCAAACAUGUUUGGACAAACUCUGGCAAUCACUCGAGAAGCCUGCUUCACAAGGCACGGUCAUCGACAUGUGCCAUUCUACUGAAAAUGUGACUUGGGACGUUAUAGGGCAACUCUGCUUCGGAGAACCACUUGGUUCGAUGGACCUUCAAGGGAUAUUGAACAGACUGCUGAUGAUGUCCACGAUCUUGGGACAUAUUUGGGGACAGGUUGCCUGGAUCGACAAUCCCGUGACACGUCUUAUCGGCCUCAAAAAUCCUGUUCAAGAGUCUUUCGAGUGGGCCUCCUUGAAAGUCCGACAGCAUGAGGAAGCCGAUCGCAGUGGUAUCGAGCCUGACAUGAUUGACUACUUUCUCGCGUACAAGGAUUCUCAAGGAAAGCCAACAACCCAUCUUGAAGUCGUCGAGGGUGCUUUCGCAGUCACUGGUGCUGGGGCAGAUACUGUGGCGAUUGCAAUGCGAGCAGCUUUGUACCAUCUGAGCAUCAAUCCGGCAGUACUUCUAAAGCUGAGAGAGGAGAUCGAUGCUAUCGACUCUGAUGAGCCGCUCUCCUACAAACAAACUCAACAACUUCCACACUUGAAAGCUGUUGUGAGGGAGAGUUUAAGAUUGUAUCCUUCGGUACCAGCUCAGUUGUAUCGAAUCGUCCCCUCGGGUGGUCUGUCAAUCGAUGGUCACUUCAUUCCUUCUGGAACAGUGGUUGGUAUCAGCAGCCUGGCACAGAACAGGGACACUGCAAUCUUUGGGCAAGAUGCGGACGUAUUCAAUCCUGACCGGUGGCUGGAGGAUGAAAGCAAAGCACGAUAUCUUGAGGCUGCUUUGUUCAACUUUGGAGGCACAGGUCCACGCUCCUGUCCAGGUCGAGAUCUUGCAAUGAUCGAGCUGUACAAGUUCGUUGCCCAGAUGGUCCAGAAAUUCGAAUUUGAGCUGGUAAAUCAGACACAUCCAUUCUCCGUGAAGACUUACUUCUUCGCCAUGCAGAGCAAUAUGCAGAUGAGGGUUGCCCACCGAAAGAGACCUAACGGGGUACACAAGUAA